AUGGCGUCUCAGCCGUCACUCCUCGCCGCCACGGCCAAGCUCAACAAUGGCCUCAUCAUUCCCCGCAUCCAACUCGGUCUCUACAUGAUGUCCACCAAAGAAGCCACCGACGCAGUGCGCCAAGGCCUUCUCACCGGCUACCGCGGUUUCGACUGCGCGCAAAUGUACCACAAUGAACGCCAAGCCGGUAAAGCCAUCAGCGACUUUCUCGCUAGUAGUGAGAACGCGGCUGGUUUGAAGCGCGAGGAUAUUUGGUACACGUCCAAGCUCGCCAACUGCGACGAAUCAUAUGAUGCUGUGCGACGAUCUGUCAAGAAAUCUGUUGAGGCUUCAGGCUUGGGAUACAUUGACCUGUUCCUUCUUCACAGUCCGUAUGGUGGAAAGACAGCCAGACUUACGAGUUGGAAGGCGCUAGAGGAUGCUGUUGAUGCGGGUGAGAUUCGUGCUGCUGGCGUGAGCAACUUUGGCUCCGCUCAUAUCGAGGAACUCAUGGCUUCCAACCCUCUCAUCCCUCCCGUACUCAACCAGAUUGAAGUUCACCCCUUCAACACCCAAGAAGGAAUCCGCGCUACUUGUGCCAAACACAACAUCGCCAUCGAGGCCUACGCUCCUCUCGCUCGCGCCGAGCGCAUGGAUCACCCUGCCAUUGUCAACAUGGCCAAGAAGUACUCCGUCACACCUGCACAAAUAUUUGUCAAGUGGGGGCUUCAACAUGAAUUCAUCACACUCCCCAAGAGUACCAAGCAGAAGCGUAUGAUCGAGAACGCAAGCGUUGAUGGGUUUGAGAUUUUGGAAGCUGAUAUGAAGGAGCUGGAUGGCUUGGAUGAGCAUUUGGUUACAGAUUGCUCCCACGAGUCUCUUAAUAUCAUCACCACACACUCGAUUCCCCUCCUCACACAUUCUCCUCCGCCACCUUUCCCAUUUCCACCACAAUAUCAUGCCGCCGCAUUCAUUCACCAGUUCGUUAGGUAUGAUCUUCAGCGCGGAAUGAAAGCCAACACGUUCCAAGAAGUGAAUCUGCUUCUUGCACUUCACACAACAAACAUGAAGCCGGACAUGAAUGAUCGCAACCGGGGCUCCACCCCUGGUCGUAUCGAAAUCGCAAUCAGUUUGCAAGCUGAAAUGGGUUUAAUGGACGAAACGGUCAAAUUCAUGGCUUCACAGGCCAACGCCAUGUCCCAGACCCCAGCUCAAUAG